AUGGAGAGACGUCUGAAUCAGCCCCUGAGAUCAAAGAGGAAAAUAGAUGACUCGGCCGACGAAGAUGAACCUUUGAUAUUCAAGAGAAGUAGGUUUGCUUCUACUAUAGACUCCAGAUCCAUCGGUGAAACGGAACACCAAGAACAAUUGCAAGAGCCAGAGGAUGGAGAAGAUCGACGAAGUGACAAGCAAGAAGAGGAAGGAGAAGAAGAUCAGGACAGUGAAGAACUAGAAGAAGACCAACAAAAUGAAGAGCAAGAAGGGGACGGAGAAGAAAAUCAGGAAAGUGAUGAAGAACUAGAUGAACCAGAAAAUGAUGAAGAUGGAUACGAAGGACCGUAUAACGAACCAUCCAAUGCUGCUGACCGAGAGGGUCAUGGUUCAAAUAUUGUGGUAAUCCUAACUGAGCCAGCUCUGCUCGAUUGCCCUAUAUGCUUUGAGCCCUUGACCAUCCCUGUCUUCCAGUGUGAUCAAAAUGGUCACAUUUCUUGCUCCACCUGCUGCACCAAAAUUAACAACAAGUGCCCCUCUUGUUCCUGCCCUAUUGGAUCCAAUCGUUGCCGGGCCGUCGAGAAAAUUGUGGAAUCAAUUGCAACUCCAUGCCAAAACAUCAAGUACGGCUGCAACACUCGUGUGAUUUACAAUAAGAAAAUUGAACAUGAAAAGACAUGUCUCUAUUUGCCUUGUUCGAUCAGGCCCCUAUUUUGGCUGCACGUUUGUCUCAUCGGCUAA